UACUUGAGGUGUCUUAGCAGCAAUAUGGAGCAACCUUUAUCAUCCGCAUCAAAGAGAGAGGGAAACCAAUUCUGUUGCAAUUUAUGAACAAGAAAUAACGAGAUCCGGAUCCACGUUUAUUACAGAAGUGGGCCCCAUCGAAAGUAGCAGAUUUCAUUUCAAUUUCAAUCUGCAUUGAUAAACAAAACCGCAACAGAAUUUUCCGUCACCGACGAAGAUGCUGCCAAAUCUCCGAUCCCGGCGACGCCCCCGUUACGGCAGCCUUCUAUGCGCUGUCGUUUCAGCACUUCUUCUCUUAACAACCCUCUCCUUCCUCCGUAGCCACACUCACCGCGUUUUCCCCUCUCACUCUGUAAAUUACGAUUCUCUCCUCUCCGAUUCAUCCAACGAAGACACCACCGGCGGCGAAGAUACAAUCGACGCACUCGACGUAAUCGAAGAACAACAGACACAAGAAUCAACAAACGACGCAGAAGAAGACGACGAACCAAUUGAAGAAACGAACAAAGCUUCAGGCUAUUUCUUCUACCACGUAGAAGGUGUAAUUCGAAGAUCAUUCAGCAAACAAUCAAUGAUGAUGACAAUGGAUCAAUCAAACGAAGGAGUGAAGAUUUUCGAAAUAACGGCGGAAGAUAAAGGGAAGACAGCAUUUGGUUCUGAUGAUGUUGCGGUGGAUGAGAAUGUGAGGAUGAAGAUGAUGGAAGUGAAGGGAAUUGAGGAUGCACUUUUGUUGAAAAUUGGGAAGAAGGUAUCGCCUUUGAGAGAAGGUUGGGGUGAUUGGUUUGAUAAAAAAGGUGAUUUUUUGAAGAAGGAUAAGAUGUUGAGGUCUAAUUUGGAAGCAUUGAAUCCUUUGCAUAAUCCUAUUUUACAAGACCCUGAUAAUGUUGGUCUUACAGGACUUACCAGAGUUGAUAGAUUGUUGCAUAAGUCAUUGUUGCAGGAGUUCAAGACUGUUCCUUUUCCUUCUAGGAAAAUCUCUAGGGAACCCAAGUUAGCAGCAUAGCUUAGUCAUAGGUUUAUUUAGUAGAUAGGGACUGGUAAAUUAAUGUAGCACCGACUCUUCAUACUGAAGAACGUAUGUGGUGUCCAACAUAUGUCCGUGGGCAUUUGUUGGUUGCCUUGGGGUAUAGUUUAUGGUCGCCAAUGGUUAUCAUCUCAGAAAUUGUUUAGAUAUUCAUCUUAGCUGAUUUUUGUCUGUGCAGGUUAGUAUAGUUCAUAAUAUGGUUCUCUCUUUUUUUA